ACAGAAUAACAAGUGUUUUUGUUGUUUUAAGUCAACUGAGUUAUUUGACCUUUGAAGCAUUUUUCUAGAUGUUUGCUUUGAUUGACCUUCUGUUUCAGUCAUGAUGGAGUCAUGAAUGUGCCAGGCCGUCAGACUAAAAGCCCUUCAGUCACAUUUCUAAUCCUGCGCACCCAUGUUACAUAAAGUGGCCAUCCUAACCCACGUCACGCAGAAACUCGGCUAAACCCCCGGCUUUUUGCGGGGUCAUUAACUCCUGCUGUGGGAGCCGAGUGAGCUGAGGCAUCAUGAUCCUCAUUGUGGACCUGCUGCUGAUGGUCAUCGAGGUAACCUACUCCGUCCUGUGCGCCGCGGCGCGCACCUUCCUCCACCCCAGGCUGAAGAGCAUCGACGGGGAGCUGUGUCUGAUCACGGGAGCCGGGGGGGCCCUGGGUCGCCUCUUCGCCCUGGAGUUCGCCAAAGAGGGGGCGCACCUCGUCCUGUGGGACUGCGACACGGCUGCCAACGAGCGGACCGCGCAACUGGCCCGGGAGCUGGGCGUGGACGUGCGCGCCUACACGGUGGACCUGUCCAGGCGCCAGAGCGUCUAUGACGCCGCGGAGAGGGUGAGAGCGGAGGUCGGGGAUGUCUCCAUCCUGGUCAACAAUGCGGGGGUGGUGGCCGGACGGAGGCUGCUGGAGUGUCCGGACGAGCUUCUGGAGAGGACUCUGCUGGUGAACUGCCAUGCGCUUUUUUGGAUGACAAAAGCCUUCCUGCCUCCGAUGAAAGCCAGAAACCACGGCCAUAUCGUCACUAUUGCUAGUGCUCUUGGACUGUUCACCACAGCGUGUGUGGAGGAUUACUGUGCCAGUAAGUUCGGUGCUGUUGGCUUCCAUGAGUCCUUGGCACACGAGCUGCGAGCAGAAAACCACGACGGCGUCAAAACCACGCUGGUGUGCCCAUACAUCGUAGACACAGGGAUGUUUUCAGGCUGUGAGAUCAGGAAAGAGAUUCGGAACCUGAUUCCUCCACUUGAGCCUCUCUAUACGGUCCAGCAAUCCAUGAAAGCCAUCCUGGGCGAGCAGGAAAUGAUCUGCAUUCCUCGCAUUAUGUACAUCCCCUUCAUCGCAAGAGCGUUGUUACCUUGGGAGGCCAACGUCGUGGCGUAUCGCUUUAUAGGAGGCGAUAAGUGCAUGAUGCCCUUCAUCAAGAACGCCGAGACAAAAACCUCAGAGGGCCACAUCCAGUCUUCCUGAGACUUUUCCAAUAAUGUCUUCUAGUGUUUUUCAAUGCACUAAUGGAGACACUGAAGGCUUGUUUGUGCAUCUUAUAAUCAAGUGCACCUCAGAAAAGAUGUAUAACGCUUCAAAAUAAAUUCUACUUUUGACGUGCAAGUAGUAA